AGAACGGAUACUGAUGGUGGUUGGAAGAUUUCGUGAAUUCGAUUGGUAGGUUUUCUGAUGCUGUAGCAAAGGCCUUGGUGUGCUGUCACUUUGCAGAAAACAAGCUUAUGGACAAGCUUUGAACUCUCCCUGCAAAGGUUAUCCUUUAGGUCAAGAUGAGCUUUGCUGUGCCCAUACGGUCAAAGAGAGAGCCAGGAAGGAGAGCUGGUGGAUUGGCUCGCAUAUUUAUGCAGUCUAUGAAGGAGAUCAAGCAGAACAAACCAGUUAGAAUUUCAAAUAAAGAACCAGCCAACAAUCCAACCAGUGUUUCUGAGGCUCUCCCACACAAUGUCCCAAAAAACCUUCAUGUGGCGAAUGAGAAAACAGAGUCUGUAACAGUCGAAAAACCGCCGCCAUCAUCAUCAUCAUCACACGAUGUAUUGGCCUCGCAUGUUGUACAUGGUGGCCAUAGAGAACAUCCUACAAAGAGAACGGAAACUAAAAUUUCAGAAUGUGAUAAAGUACCUUCGUCAACUCAAGUGGGGUAUAACUUAAAUGGACAACAGGAGUCAAGUUUGCCAGUAGGCAGACCGAUGACGGAACGGGAUGUCCAAGGGAAAGACGCCACUAACAAUACAGUCAGCAGAACAUCGGUCCAGGAAACUGCAACGGUAGUCAAGUCUGAGAAGAGUGCGUUAUGUGAAUCGGCAGUAAAUCAUGUGUCAAAUGCUUCUGUGAUUAUGGACAAGGAGGUUGAUUCUGUAGGAGUUCAAAACAUAUCCAAUAAAAGAGACGUUUUUAAAUCCAGCAGAUUUGUAGCAUCACAUGGAACCACAAACCGAAGUCGCCAAGAGAAAAACUCAAUUUUUAACAAACCUCUGCCCAGACGGUAUAGCCAAAGAAGACACACAAACAACUCUAGAGAGAGGGUGGUAGAGAAAGUGGAGCCAGAAGAUUGGAGCUCUGAUCUUCUGGAGAUUGAGAUCGAAGAAGGAUGUUUUUAUGAUUCAAAUGAGACUGAAAAGAGUAGUGGGGUUUCUGUCGGGUGUACUAAACAUGAAGGUAAAUUAAACAUGGGACAAAAUGAUAAGCUUGUUAAGGACGAAAAAGAAAGUGUAAAACGUGGAAAUCAAGAAGGCGAGGAAGAAUCGGAGGCUGAGAGUAAGAGAGAUCAACGGGAAUGUAAUACACAUGGCAAGGAUACAGAAAUAAAUUGUCUGACAAAUGCUGAUAAAAAAACAACUGAAGAAAAAAAUAAAGUGAAUUUAGAAACGGAACUGAAUGAAGAUAAACCACAUGAAAACAGGCAAAUUUCAAAGAAGUCUUUGGAAACGGAUGUUAUUGUUGUGAAAAGUUCUGAAACUAAAAGGAUUGUUGGUAAAUAUUUGGACAAAGAGCAGACCUGUGGAAAUAAUUUCGGAAAUGAAUCUUUAAGUGGUAAAACCUUGGACAUAUCAACACAAACGUUUGACACCAAACAGCUUAAAGAUAAAACUGCUGCAAGGGAAGAUACUGUUUUCAACAGUAUAGACAAAGAACAGAUUGUUCCGGAAAUAAGGGAUUGUGAGAUUGAACAGAUUGUUCCGGAAAUAAGGGAUUGUGAGAUUGAACAAGAUUCAGAAAAAGAGAAGGAGAAAGAUUUGUACACAGGAUGUGAUGCUUACAAGAGGAAAGCUGAUUCUGAAAGUAGAAACAUUGGGGUAAAGACUGAAGAUGAAUGUGAAACAGAAACGUCUGAAAAAUUAGAAACAACAGGCUCCUCACUUGUGAGAUCAGAGGAAACAACAGGCUCCUUACUUGUGAGAUCAGAGAAAAACACGAUGGAACAAUCUGAGAAUGUUGUUUCGAGGAAUGAGGAAAAAAUUCAUUUCACAAAGGAACAACAGUCUGAAAUGGAAGAUAAACAAAAGUGUGAACCAGUAAAUGGUGGCGAAAAACAGGAAAUACAGGACUGUAGGAAGGAGGAGUAUGACCAGAAACAAUCUUUGACAUGCUCUGGUAAUCUGGAGAACAUGAGCAUGGAAAAUGAUGAACGAGAAUAUAUGAGAAUGGAGAUUCCCCCCCUUCGUGUGCCUGUGUGUGAUAUUCCAGCUUAUUAUAAUAGACGAAGAAACUCGGGUACAUUAUCCGACACAAGCAAUGCCUCACAUUCAUCUUCUUCCCAGAAAAUUCCAAGCAAGGACAUUGGAUGUUGUAACAGUUGGGAAAGUAAGACUGCUCCAAUUCCAAGUUUACUAAGUAUAAAGUCUUCGCCUUGGCGAGACUAUUCCUCAGCUAGUUCCGAUAGCUCUUCAGUAGCUAGGAGCUCGAGGCCAAGACCAAAGAAACCAAAGAAAAAGUCCAAAUAUACCAAGAGCAUCGCCAGAGGACAUACAUUAACUGUAUCUCCCAUACAAAGGUCUCCAAGUGGAUCUCCAACCUCUCAUAAGAACAUCAGGGGGAGACAAUCAGGGACUGACACGAAAACUACAUAUAAUAGCUUGAUUAACUCAAAGGUCCAGGCAUUGUCAGUAGAAAUGAAGGCUAAGGUAUUGACCCCACCUGACAGCGAUGGAAGGACAAUGAUGGCCAAGCCAGUAAUGUACAGAGACAGCCUACGAGCCAUGAAACAGGUCAGGGUGAAGGCCGGGCUGAAAAACCCUUCAGCUCGUCAGGUUCGUUCUGAACAGAGUAAAAAGGAAACUUCAAAAAUGGAGCCCAUUAUCAUUGCCCAGGUCAGUUCAGAGCCUAAGAGACUGGACAAUUCUGCAUCCAAGUACACAGAACGUCGUCAGAGAAAUUAUUCUGAAUCAUCAAAGGAUGAAAGUUCAGAUUCCAUAAGACAUGGCAAGUCCAAACCUAUCAUUAUUCCACAAGUCAGUUCUGAGCCAGCAACAGAGGAAAUCAGGAAAUCCAUAGGAGAUGAUACGUGGCAACAUACAAUUAUACCACAAGUUAGUUCUGAGUCAGCAACAGAGGAAAUCAGGAAAUCCAUAGCAGAUAAUACGUGGCAACAUACAAUCAUACCACAAGUUAGUUCUGAGCCUAAAUUUCGAGACAAUUCUGAAUCUACUGGUAACACUUCUUUAGAGAAGGCAGGUAAAAUAAAGUCAGAUUCUCGGAUACAAGACAGUCCGGACUUCAGAAAUCACCAUCAUUCAGGAUCCACAACAGAUGGAAGGUUAAGAUCAGGAUUUCAAAUCUAUUCAGAACAGACAGUGAAUCAGGAGGGUAAGUCAGAAUCAACUAGAGUUGUUCUCAAUACCCAAGAGUCUACACCUAUACAACAUGGAGAUAAUGCAUGUAAAUUGAAACAAUCUCCAGAGUUUAAGGAUCAGAACCAUAUGGAGCUUGAACACAAGGAACCUCCGGAAUCUGUUGAACAUCUCAAUCAGGAAGCUAGAAAUUCAGGAAGGUCUGAGGAUAUCUGUAACGAAAAAUCUGGACAAGCAGAAACUUCACAACAUGAGGAUCUCUGUAAUCAGAAAGUCAGACAUUCAGAAACUUCACAACAUGAGGAUAUCUGUAAUCAGAAAGUCAGACAUUCAGAAACUUCACAGCCAGAGGAUCACCUUAAUCAGGAAUCUAGCAAUCCAGAAUCUCAAAAUUUGGAUGUGUCAGAUUCUAGGGAUUGUGAUUUAAAAAGUUGUGAUAAUCCCAAAUUUGGAAUAAAGGGUACCACAAACCUUAUACAGCAGGAGAGGUCAUUUAAAGGUCACAACAGCUCAGAACAUGUAAGGCAGGAAAAGUCAUCCCGAGGUCACAGCAGUUCAAAAUCUGUAAGGCAGGACAAAUCAUUUCAAGGUCGCAAUAUCUCAUGCGAAGGUCACAACAGUUCAGAACAAAGAACGCAGGAAAGUUCAUCCCGAGGUCACAGUAGUUCAAAAUCUGUAAAACAGGACAAUUCAUCCCAUGGUCACAGCAGUACAGAACCUAGAAGGCAGGACAAACCAUUCCAAGAUCACACAAGUCCACAGCCUCUAAGACAGAACAACUCAUCUGGAGGUCACAGCAUUUCAGAAUCUAUAAGGAACAUCAACUCAUGCAAAGGUCACAACAGGUCACAGUCUUCAAGACAGAAUUACUCGUCCAGUCAUCAUAACAGGUUGAAACCUACACAGCAGGACAAAUCCUUCAGUACUCAUAACAGUUCAGAACCUUUGAGGAAGGACAACUCGUCCACAACUGAUAACAGAUCAGAACCUACAAGGCAAGACAACUCGUCCUCAACUGAUAACAGAUCAGAACCUUCAAGGCAAGACAACUCGUCCACAACUGAUAACACAUCAAAACCUUCAAGGCAAGACAACUCGUCCACAACUGAUAACAGAUCAGAACCUACAAGGCAAGACAACUCGUCCUCAACUGAUAACAGAUCAGAACCUUCAAGGCAAGACAACUCGUCCACAAGUGAUAACAGAUCAGAACCAAUAAGACAUGACAAGUCGUCCCAAGAUCACACCAGGUCGAGACUUGGACACGAGAACGAUUCAUCACAAAGUCAUCGGAGUUCAGAAAGUAGAAUAUAUAGAAGUUCAGAAUCGAGAGAUCAGAAUCGUUCACAGCAUGGCAAGUAUUGUUAUGCAGAACAUAGUUCAUAUCACCAAGAUCGUUCAGGAUCCAGAUGUUUCCACAAUGACUUAGGGUCUAGUAGAAUAGUCCAUUCAGAACCAAAGGGCACCAACUCCACUCACUGGGAAUCAGUUUCCUGUACUACACUGAAAAGACAGAAUAGUUCAGAGAGCCGAGGUAACAUAGGUUCAGAAAAAGAACAGGGGUCGAAGAAGCCAGUCAGUUCAGAUCCAAAGCAGCCUGGACACAGCAGUAUGGAACACAAAUAUCAAAAAUCACAGAAGAAACUUGGAGAAAACCUGAAGGUCAAUCACAAAUAUGACAGAGAAGCAAAUGACAGCAAGCAAGUAGAGAGUUCAGAAUAUGAGAAUUGGGAUACGGAUCUGUUGCCGGUGGUCACACCUCCUGGUAGUAGUAUUAACCCCUCUGAUGACGGAGUGAAGUUUACCAAGGAGGGUGUGUCGGCAACAAAUGUAAGCAUGCUUACAUCAGAAAGUAGGACAGAGAAUGCAAGUGACAAAAAACUGGAGAAGUUAGAGGUAAAAGAGGAAAAUGAGAAGGGCACAGUUCUAAAAUUUGAAACUUCUGAUGGACCGGCUAUCAGGAUCAAAGAACAUGUUAUGGAUGUUAAUUCUUUUUCUGGACAAUGUGGGAAGGACACUCAUAACCAGUCCUUACAGUAUAAAACUGACCAACAGCAAGAAAACAAACGCAGCGAAGCAAACCGUGACAUAAAACAUCAAGCUGGUCAACACAAUUCUAGAUCUUUCUGGCUAGACUACAAAACAAAUUCUGUGACAUUCCGUGAUGUGAGAAAUUAUGGGACAUAUCACGGACAAGUGAAUGGCCAUGGUACAGAUGCAGAUCAAAAAAACGCAGUGUGCAAAACCUGUGGUCGAUCACAGUUCAAGUCCUCUUCAAAUACUCAGCAUAACUGUACCUGUCAAAGGACUUCUUCUGUUCCCAAAGGAGGACAUGUAACACUGAACAGGGAUAGUCCCAACACUGUAUGGUAUCCCUCUUCUAAACAACAUUGUAAAUCUACCUGUCAACAGGAAAAUUAUGGCUGCGGCAUGGAGCAAAAUCAGAAGAAGAGUGAUUAUCGGAAAGAUAUGAAUAGAAUAGAGGAUAAUGGAACAUCAGGUAGAAGGUUAACCUGUAGCAGUAAAAAUGAGCACCAUUUGAAUGUUGAUCUGAAAUCAUCACAGAUUACAGAAAAUGGGGAUAAAGACCUGGAAAAGGUGUUGGUUGUUCAACCAAUGCACACCUCAGGUAACCAUACUCGGAAUGAGUGGAAUAGGAUUGGUGACCAAAGGAAAAAUUAUGAGAGGAAGUUCAAGUGCCACUGGUUUGAUUCUGAUAGACAACAGAACCCAGUAUUGGAUGAACCAGAAGAAAACUGGGACUCACAUCUGUUGGAUAUUGAAGGUAUACUGAAAACUCAGGAAAAGACUGAAACUAUGGAACAAGUUGUACCUGGUGAGCAGGAGUUUAAGAAGACAAGUCUAUAUAGCAACAAUAACCCAACUGGGAAACCUCCAGAAGGUGGCUCACAUACUCGGCACCAACUUGAAGAAUGGGAUUCAACUUUAUUAGAUUUAAACCUUAUUGGUACUUCUGUUUUAGAACACGAAGACAACAAGAUCAUUAGUGAAGAAGAGAUUUUGGCUGAAAAGCCCAUCAACAAUGAAUGGUGUGAAGUCCAGACUUGUGGGGAUAGUGUCAGUAAGGUCAGGUCAGGUCUAUCAUCGGACAGUGUGACGUCUGGAUGUUUAAAAAAUGUCGAAGAAGAAGACGGAUCUAUUAUUCCACAGUCUGAUAGCAGUUUGAGUGGAAUACAAGAAACUUCAGAGUUUGAGGACGUUUGCACCAGUGAUGAUGUAAUGGAGUCUUAUGUCUUUUUAAGUCAGGAGGAAUGUUGUGCCCACGAUGUUCCAUUAGACUCCACAUCCUGCACCCAAACAUCAACAGACCUAGAAAUGGAGAAACUGUAUCACAAACCACAAACCUCUCCUGGGACAUACCGACCCCCUGUGUUCUCUCGGGUUGAUAACACAAUGUAUGCAAGACAUUCUGAUGUGGAUUUCAGAGCAGUCGAAAACGAUUGUAGACAUAGACCGGACCUAAAGCAGGAGAAAGGAAGUCCCCCAGGCUAUGGCCCAAAGGAGUGCGUGUGUCCACCUGGUUGUGUCCAGUUCUGGACCUGGAGAUGUUGCUUUUGUCAUUGGGGAUGGGAACCUCGUAUUUGUGAUGUUCGCUCAGCACUCGACUACUCAGAUAACUUCACUUCCCAAUCAACAGAGGAUAAAGACUCCACUGAAAAUGGAAUACGUAUGCACUACAGUCCCCGAGGGUUACUGGCCACGAGAUCGAACAGUGUGAUCCCUCCCCCUCCUAGCAGGGAGCUGUGGAACCAGAUGCAGCAAGGAACUGCCCCAGUGAACUCUUUCUCCCCUAGGGGCACAGGUCCCCAUGCCUCCCCUGCAAACAUGCCCCAGACCAGAAAACCUUUUCCAAGGAUUCAGUACCCGGGGUCCUACCCCUACCCUCCAGAAUGUGGCUCACAGCCUCAACAGGUCAUGUCCUAUGGUAUGCGACAUUGCAGUCCGUAUAGACUACAGUUCAGACCAUCUUCACCACUUAAUGACGCAGUAUCCGUAGAGCAGAACAUAGUUGGAGGAAAAUCAAUCUACAAUAGGGAGUCGACGGGAUGUGUGUCUUUUGUGUCCAGAGAUGACGCCAAGAAGAAACGUGGUGAGUUAGGAAAACCUCCGAACCUGAUGGACUGUAGCACAGGGUUAACGAGUGCAAAGGAAGGGGUGAGCGCAGAUGAAAUGCAAGAUUUGCAGCUCAACAGCCCAAAGCUUGUAGACUACGGUUUUAGCGAGACAGAUGAUUCUGAAGAAGAAAAGAAAGAUCAGCUUGCAAAGUCGAGAGUUGCUCUGUUUGGGAAAGAUGACCAGUCUCAAGACAGCGACUGCUCUAGUGAGAAACGGAAACUAGAUGUGGAGGAACAGGAACUAAAUGAUGAUGAGGACUGCAGUGUUGGGCACAAGAGGAGGCAUGUGUUACCUCGAAACAACAUCUAUCAUUUCAUAAGGCACUCACUGAACACUAAAGAAAAUGAGAAAGACGAUGACAAAAAAGCUACCGCGUAUGUUCCACCACACAGACGCCAAAAGAUUACUUUGACAGAUGGUCCUGAGAGCGACAGCCAGAGAGCAAAGGAAAACGAGAGAAAAACACCUAAAAAUUCAUCAUCAAACUACAAGCAUUCAGAGGUUUCAUCUUCAGCAAGUGAGCAGAGUUCAUCUAGCCCAGGGUCCUACCCCUGGGCACCGUUCUGGGCGAGCCCUCCUCCCCCAGCAAUGGGUAUGUCCGUAUCACCUCUGUUUGGCCAUCAUCAGCCACCAUGUAUGUACCCCCCAAGCUGCUACUUUUCUCCACCAAACUGGUACCAAGCUGGCUCAGGCACUGACUCCUAUGGAGGUGCCUACCAUCAGCCUAAUAAUCAUUCACCCUCUACAAACGCUUCAGAUGUGAAAUCUCCAACAACUCCACAUCCAACCAAAGAAAGCAUCCCUGAGCUGUCAAAACUGCAAGCCCACCGAAAAAGUCCUGAACGUCUAGUGCUGCCACCAAGGAUAAAGUUUUUAGAGAGGACACGCCUGCUCGGCAGCAACACGGAUUCAGAGAGCAGCUCAUCUUUUCAUCUGGUUGACUGGAAGGCGAACUUCAAGGAGAAAUGUAGGAGCUACUGUGGCACAUUUAUUGACUCACACUGCCAUCUGGAUUUCCUGUUCAACCGCCAAGGGUUCAGAGGCACCUGGUCCAAGUACAAGAUUGUACACGAGGCUACCAUGCCUGACUGUUUUGAAGGGUGUGUGGCAGUCUUCUGUCACCCUGGCAGCUUCCGACAAGAAGGGUUGUGGAAGGAGAUUGCCCUUGAGGAGGAUGUCUGGUUAGCAUUUGGAUGUCACCCAAAGAAUGCCACCGAGUUCUCACCCCGGGCUGAGGAGGGCCUGAUCCGCUGUCUACAGCACAAGAGAGUGGUGGCUCUGGGAGAAAUCGGUCUAGAUUACUCUGGCAUAUUUAAACAACAUAAAACCUCUCAGAAGAUUGUGUUUAUCAAACAAAUCCAACUUGCUCUCGAGAUGAACAAACCACUUGUGAUACACUGUCGAGAGGCAGAGGAAGAUGCCUUGCAGAUUUUAGAAGAGACAGUCCCUCGAAACUACCGAAUCCACUGCCACUGUUUCACUGGGAACUACCAGUCUGCCAAGAAGUGGAUGAACUUGUUCCCAAAUCUCUACAUUGGCCUGACCCCACUGGUGACCUAUCGCACAGCCACACCUUCUCAUGAGGUCGCCAGGUUCAUACCGCUGGAUCGACUCUUACUGGAGACUGAUGCUCCGUAUUUUAUACCAAGGAAGUUCCCUAAAGAGGAAGUGCACUUUUCACACCCAGGAAUGGCUAUCACUGUAGCUGAACAUGUGGCCUUUCUGAAGAGAUGCUCUGUCACAGAGGUGUUACAUGCAUGUCGUCAGAACACACGUACCAUGUAUGGCAUAUGAGUCAUCGCUAGAGGACAUGCACUCUGUGCCAUGUACAUUGUUACAAUCCCUGUGUAUGGUGUGCUAACACAUGGACUACGAUAACAUGUUUGAAUCAGAAGUUCAUUAGAGUUGUGCAAAAGGAAGACGACAAUAAGAUUAGAAUUCAAUGAUAAGUGGAGUCUUCCAGAGGCUGUGAAAUUGUU